AACAGUUGCCCGGGUGAGGACGAAGCGCCAUAGCCACGGUAGUCCUGGCGACAAGAGCCCAGCAACAAGAAUCAACAACAACAGCCCGAUUCAUUGAAACGCUAAAAAAAAAUCAAACAUUGCGGUGGAAAAAUCACUCGGAUUAAAAGCGUUUCAGCCAGGCGAUCUCGAUGGCGACUCCAGCCUAUGUUGGGGAGCUGCAGCAGACCUCCCAGCCUCCAUCGGGCACUGUAACCGUAACACCAGGCCAACCUGUUGUUGUCACGACUGCGGCACCUCAGCAGUACCUCUCAGAGCUGCAAAAUACCGUGACCUCUGUCUCGGCAUCGGCAACCUCUGGCCAGGUCACGCCCCCUCCUGCACAAACCCCGCCCACUCAAGCCCCGCCCACACAGACUCAGUAUGUCCCAUCUGAGAUGCAGAAUUCACCCACGCAGUCCAGCAAUGCCCAGAACACACCGCAGUAUAUCGUGGUUACGGUUACAGAGGGCUCCAUCCAUUCAAGUGACUCGGUUUCGGAUUCCAGCCCUCCACCUGCAGUGGUACAGACCGGAGUUCCCACUCAGGUGGUGCAGCAGGUGCAGUCAGCCCAGCAGAGGUCUGUGGUCCAAGCCACAUCUCAGCCUACCAAGACUGAACAGGGCACACAAAUGAGCGUCACCAGCCUACAGCCUGUACACUUGACUCAGGAGCAGCUGCAGCAAGUACCCGUGCAGCACGUCUACACUAACCAGGUGCAGUAUGUAGAGGGAGGAGACACAAGCUACACUACCAGCACCAUACGUUCCGGCAGUUUUGUGUACACUGACAGUCCCUUGUACACUCAGACCAGUGGUGCUCAGUAUUAUGAAAGCACCAGUGUCAGUGUCUCCGCCUCCCAGGCUGCCUCUCCUGUGAAUACAGGCUUUGUGACGGGGACGGGGCAAAUUGUGACCAGUGCCACACCUGGCACAGGGGGUGGAGCCACAGCAGUAAUCGCAGUGUCAGGGUCGGCCGCUAAUGGCUCCGGGGACGGAGGAGGCGGGGCCAACGGGAGCAGUGGCAGCUACGUGAUCCAGGGAGGCUACAUGCUCAGCAGCGGCGGAGGCACCAGCAGCAGCAGCAGUGGAAACGGCCAGAGUUACUCACAAAAUGCUCGCGUCUCCCCGGCCACCGUGAGUAUUAGCGAGGGAGAGGAGAAUAGCGUGCCGUCUGCAGACAAAAAGUAUCAGAACGAUGAUGUGCUCAUCGUUCCCUUUCACGCAUCAGAGAGCACAGUCAAAGAGCAGAGGGAGUCACUGUCCUCUGGCCCUCAGGUGCAGUGGUUGUUGGAUAAUUAUGAGACGGCGGAGGGUGUGAGCCUACCGCGCUCUACUCUCUACUGCCACUACCUGCUGCACUGCCAGGAGCAGAAGCUGGAGCCCGUCAAUGCCGCCUCAUUCGGAAAGCUCAUCCGCUCCGUCUUCAUGGGCCUGAGGACGAGGCGUCUGGGUACCCGAGGGAACUCAAAAUAUCACUACUAUGGGCUGAGGAUUAAAGCUAGCUCCUCUCUGCUCCGGCUAAUGGAGGACCAACAACACCUGGCAAUGAGGCAGCAGCCCUUCUCCCAAAAACAGAGGUUGAAGCCAGUACAGAAGAUGGAAGGAAUGACCAAUGGGAUGUCGUCAGGCACGGGACAACAGCAGCAGCAACAGACUUCAGGGCUUUCUGACAUCAGUGCCCAGGUGCAGCAGUACCAACAGUUCCUGGAUGCGUCCCGUGCUCUCCCAGAGUUCCCUGAAAUUGACUUGCAGGGCAAGCCUUUGCCAGAGGGCAUUGAACUGGAACACAUUAAGAGCUUUCAGCUACUCUACAGAGAGCACUGCGAGGCCAUCCUGGACGUCAUGGUGAACCUGCAGUUCACACUGGUGGAGACACUGUGGAAAACGUUCUGGAGGUUUAGCGAGAGUCAGGCAGGAGACACGGCCACGCUGGCUGUUCAUGAUGAGUCAGAGAAGCGGCUACCCAAAUCAUGCCUGGUGCUGCUGUGCAAGUAUGAGCCGGCACUGCGUUGGAGCCGUGACUGCGACAAUACGCUGUACCAGGGCCUGGUGGAGAUCCUCAUCCCAGACGUACUGAGACCCAUACCCAGUGCCUUAACUCAAGCCAUCCGGAACUUUGCCAAGAGUCUGGAGAGCUGGCUGACUAACGCCAUGAUGAACAUUCCCGAGGAGAUGGUCCGCAUCAAAGUGACAUGUGCAAAUGCAUUUGCGCAGACGCUGCGCAGGUACACCUCUUUGAACCACCUGGCCCAGGCUGCCCGUGCUGUGCUGCAGAACACUGCGCAGAUCAACCAGAUGCUCAGCGACCUCAACCGAGUCGACUUUGCAAACGUGCAGGAGCAGGCCUCUUGGGUAUGUAGGUGUGAAGACCGUGUGGUGCAACGGUUAGAACAGGACUUUAAGCUCACCCUGCAGCAGCAGAACUCACUGGAGCAGUGGGCUGCUUGGCUGGAUGGCGUUGUCUCCCAAGUCCUAAAGCCCUACCAGGCCAGUCCGGCCUUCCCCAAAGCUGCUAAACUCUUCCUGCUCAGAUGGAGCUUCUACAGCUCUAUGGUAAUCAGAGAUCUGACACUGCGCAGUGCAGCCAGUUUUGGUUCCUUUCAUCUCAUCCGCCUGCUAUAUGAUGAGUACAUGUAUUACCUAAUAGAGCACAGAGUGGCCCAGGCCAAAGGGGAGACCCCUAUCGCGGUCAUGGGAGAGUUUGCCAGCCUUGGUCGCAGUCUUAACACACUGGAUCCUGAUAAAGAAGAGGAGGAUGAGGAGGAAGAGGAGAGUGAUGAUGAGUGUCAGGAAUUGGCUCUGCCCGCUGACGGAGCUGCUCUCGGCGACGAAUCUUUGGAGCCACCUGUUAAGCUCGCCCGAACCGACCAGAGAGUGCUCUUUAGCAGCACAGAGAACUGAGAAACACACAUUCCACCACACACACACACACACACACACACACACACACACACACAUUUGUUAUAUACACAUAGUAAAAAAACAUGCUGCAGUUCACAUAACUCUAUUGACAUAUACUUACUCACACACACACACACACAUACACACACACACACACUCAUUUAAAGAAAUACUUAAUGUUUUUUAAACCAAUCUCUAUCAAAUAAAUCUGUAGCUUAUGUUUGAUUACCACAGUCCUUGGCACAUUUCCUUGUACUGAGAAAAGAAGAGAGAUCCUCUUUACUUGAAACUCGCUUAUAAUGGAAGUCUCAGGGCAGAAAAAAAAUUUAAUGAAUUUGUAUACGCAUUUAUUAAUUGCCCCAUAAACUACCCUUCGACCUCCAAUAUAAGUGACUUUGUGUUCUUAAAGUUGUUUAAGUUCUUUUAUCAAGGGGCACGGUGGCUUAGUGGUUAGCAUGUUUGCACCUCUGCAUCUCUGCGGUUGGGGGUUUGAUUCCCACCUCCGCCCUGUGUGCGUGGAGUUUGCAUGUUCUCCCCGUACUUCGGAAUUUCCUCCGGGUACUCUGGUUUCCUCCCCUAGUCCAAAGACAUGCACUGUAGGUUGAUUGGCAUCUCUAAAAUUGUCUGUAGUGUGUGCCCUGCGAUGGGCUGGAACCCUGUAUAGGGUGUCCCUCACCUUGUGUCCCUGGGAUAGGCUCCAGGCUCCCCCUGACCCUGUGUAGGAUAAGCGCUACAGAAAAUGGAUGGAUGUUCUUUUAUCAGUACAGCAUUACAUGCCAAAAUGACUCUCUGUGGAAUCAAAUGUAUGCUACUGAUGUGUAGAUAUCCGACUGAAAAACUCUGGAGGGUUCCUCCUGGAGUGCGACACAAUCGCUGGCACGAUUUUAAUGUCACAGGGGCGUGAUACAGAGAUGUAUUAGAAUCUGGACUGAUAGUAAACAAACACACUUCAAUCUGAAAACAUGUGUCAGUCAGUCCAAACACAGUGGAGACGAUUUUUUUUUCUUCGCGCCUCCAUGCUGGCACUGCGUCUGCCCCACAGAGCUGUGUCAAAGAGAACAACAAAAGCAUGAACAAUGAGACACUGGAAAUUAGUUUGCGGAUGGACUGCAGUCAGAACCAUGUGAGCUUCUGUCUAUCAAACUCCUGCAGCCCGUGAGGGUGAAAAUGGGUGGAAGUAGGUGCCAGCAGAAUGACUGUAAACACGUGCGUGUGUGUGUGUGUGCGUGCUGUGUAUUUCCUGCGGCAGCCCCGCUGUGUGUCGUCUGUGUGUUUGUGGGUGGACUGGGGCCUUCCUGCCGUGCUGAUUUGAGUGAACGUGGUGCUUUUCUGUGCGAGUGUGCGUGCGCACGCGUGUGGGUGUGUGUGUAUAUACGUGUGUAUGUUCUUAAGAAAUGAUAAUAGUUGUUUUUGUUGGUGGAUAUUUUCAUGCAUCCAUUCUCAUUUUUUUUUGGUCAUUCUCGUUGCCUUUAUUGUACACUACCGUGUGUUACAUACCCAGUUAAGAUUCAGUUUAAAACCUAAAGAGAGUUCACAUUCAUUUUAAUUCUCUUCAGUCCCUUUCUAUGAAUCCUGCCUUACGUUUUCUUUCCUUUCCUUUUCAAAAAAAAAAAGUUUUUAAUUUAAAUUUUACACUUGUCUUUUUGCACUUUUUUUGUUGUUUGGUUUUGGUGUACCAUUCCAGACUUGGUAUAGGAUUGAUAGUAUCUGUGUUGUCUAACUAGAGUCACAAAGUGAAGCCCUUCUCUGUGUUAGACUGGUGAUUUGCACUGUUUUGUGCACAGUUAAUGGUAUAUUAGUAUGUGUAUUCAACCCACUCCUUUUUUUUCCUUUUAACAAAACUGCCUACACACUGUUUUACUCAGAGAAAGGGUGUGACAACAUCUAUUCAAUGCAAAGUGGGCAGGCAGUGAUGAAUAGAGAAGUGCUGUGCUGUUUUAGAAAAGCAUUGCUCUUUUCCUCCUAAUGCCUCGAUUUUACUUCCUGAGAUUUCCUCCUAACUCUCAGUAACUCAUUUAAAACUUUUUUCGAUUCUGUCCUUGCGGUGUAAUGAAAACUGCUUCACGAUAAAUUCGAAUUGGUCCCUCAUUCUUUGUGGGAUCUUACAAUCCAUCACCUCCAGAUCUCAGUUUUCUUCAGCUACAUGUUCAGCAUUAUUUAUUAGACUGUAUAUUUUGCGAGAUACCGAAGCAACAUUGGCUGCACUCGUGUUUACUUUAUCCUGAUAAACACAAACCAGCAUGUACUUUUCUUUCCCUCACAAACUUCUGAUACAAAGAUAAAAAGACAUAUCACAAGAUGUUCUGAAGAGCCUUUCAGUACUAUAGCCAUUUUCAUAAACUGCAAGAAUUUUCCCUUUUAAGGUCAUUUCAGUUUAUUUAAAAAAAAAAAAGGAAAAAAAGAAGAUUAAAAAAAAAAGAGUGACAGUGUUUUAUUAAUCUUCUAAACUAUGAGGAUGAUUGUGCCUUUGGAGUAAUCAAAUGGAAUUCAAAUGUUUUUAAUUUAAGAUAUGAAUAAAUUAAGAAUUUCUAAAACCGUGAA